CCCCACAGCAUGCCGCGACUUGACUUUCAGGGGAGAACUGCUGAACUGCUAGAUGCGUUACGCAGGCCUCGAUCGGGUCAUCUCAUCAGAGUCUCAAGAGCCACUUGGCGGACGCGCAAGCAGGACGGAACUGCCAAGGAAUGGAGGCGAUCCUCCUUGCCCACCCGGUACUCGCGCGUGUGACGGCGCUUCUAGACGGUCGCUCGCUCUGCCGUCUCGCAGCCACUUCCUCUGCUCUUCGAUCAAAGCUUUUUGCCUCCUGCCCACUCCUUCCUCUUCUCUGCAAAGCCGCCGCUGCUCUGUGGUUCGAGCUAGCCGCAUUGGACACCCGCGCCCAGUAUGACACCGCCUGUCACGCAGCAACCGCCACUAUUCGUGCUGGUUUGAUCGCUUGCACGCCCCCGUGUCCGUUGCCCGAAGGGUGGAUUCCUCUUUACCUGAACGAUGCUAGUAUACAAUAUGACAGAAGCCGCCAAAGAGUUCACCAGAGCGCGGUGGCGAUACCCCUGUUCACCGCGAACGGCCACCAGACUGUUAUUCUUGGCUGUCGCCUCAACGAUCACAUGCGAGGCCGUUAUGGAACCGGGGCCAUUUCGUUGACGAUAGGGUUCUUUAUAACUGAUGCCUCAUCUCCUCUCGUUCCGCUGGAAAGACUGCCCGAAGAGCAGCGCGGUUUCGUCCGUGCAUAUCGUGGGCGGCCGCCGGUUGUUGCAUACAGCCUAUGGCAGCCUGUCGAGGAUGAAGACGGGGUCGGUGGGGAUGACGAAAUCUGCUUGACUAGCUGUGUCGAGAACAUAGCAUUGAAUAUUAGCGUGCCUGAAAAGGAGAUCUGGGACUGGUUCCGUACCGCUUUUCCGGAAGUGCGAGAACAUAUCCAUGCUUCCGCUGCAACAGUGCAAACGCAAUCCGAAGAUGUCAAUAUUUUCAUCCGCAAGCUCCCUUCGAUAAAACGCUUUCCGAUCGCGACGCAUACAUGGAGAAGGAGAUGUACGAGUUGGUUCGCAGCACUUUCAUAGACCUUCCUACGGCUACAAGGGAACACCUUAUAUCACUACUCUGCGCUUCGCCCAGGAAUCGCAUGACAAAGACAAUUUGGUCUACGCUUUCCGGUUUGGUACAACAGCUCUGGGCUGCAUCAUUCUUUGAUUUCCCGCUACUGGAGCGUGUGUACUGCAAGUUGUCCUGCGAUUUGAAACCCCAUCUCGAACUGGAGCCCUUGUUAGGCGGGAUCCCUCUCGUCUUUGAGCCGACGCUGGGCGAUAUAGCUGAAUGGGCGCAGUUUAACGUUGUCCCCGUCGCGGCCGCUCCUCAA